UCUCGAGGUCGGCAUGUCCUCGUGAAGCUGAUUAUAGUAUAUCCCCUGCACUAUUAUGUGACUGUUCCAUCUGCUUGCUUGUCACUAAACCCAGACGAGUGACAGAGAAGGCAAAGUCCACUAGCGAAUCAAGAACAGCUUCAACAUGUCUCCAGGAUUGACACACAAUCGCCCCAUCCGGAUUGGAGGCGCUUCGGGAGGAUUUUCUGAUAGACGGCAUGCUAUUCCCCGCAUGGCACGUACCGCCGAGGUCGAUGUCAUUGUCGGCGACUGGCUUGCAGAGAUGACCAUGACCGAGCACGGCGUGGGAAAGCACCGACGUCUUGCCACUGGCAAGAGCCAAGACCCAAAGCAAUCGGCCCUCGCCGACCAGCUCCAGGAUGCUCAAUUCUCAGUCAACUUUCUCGACUGUUUUGAACCGGCUAUCCCUGAUCUCAAACGCAACAAGAUCAAGCUCGCCGUCAAUGCUGGAUCCUGUGACACAGAGAUUCUCGCCCAUUUGGUCAAGCAAAUGUGCGAGAAUGUAGGCCACCCUAUGAACGUGGCUUGGGUUGAAGGCGACGAUGUCAUCGACAGGAUCAAGGAACUUUCUGCUAAUGGCGAGAAGUUUCGCAGUCUCAAUCGCGGCAAAGAUAUCAAUCUGGAUGCAUGGGGAUUCGAGCCUAUAUCUGCCCAAGCCUACCUCGGCGGUCUCGGCAUCGCGGAGGCAUUUCGACAAGGAGCGGACAUCGUCAUCUGCGGCCGUGUGGCCGAUGCUGCCCCAACUGUCGGCGCUGCUGCCUGGUGGCAUGGCUGGAAUGCCGAUAACAUCCAUGAGCUGGCUGGAGCUCUAGUUGCUGGUCACUUGAUCGAAUGCUCUGGUUAUGUAACUGGUGCCAAUUACUCCGGGUUCAAGAAGAUGCUGCGCGCCAACAAACAUCUCGACAUGGGCUUUCCCAUUGCCGAGGUCGACUACAACGGAGAAUGUGUCGUCACCAAGGAGAAAGACACAGGAGGACUAGUGGACGUGGGCCUGGUGACUUCGCAGCUCAUCUAUGAAAUCCAAGGUCCCUUGUACUACAACUCUGAUGUGACCGCCGACAUUGAGAAUGUCCAGGUGGAGGAGCUCGAAGAGAACAGAGUAAGGUUCUGGGGUGUCAAGGGUCUUCCACCUCCUCCUACCACUAAGGUCGGUAUCACCGCCAAUGCGGGCUGGCAGGCGGAGUACCACGUCUUUUUUGUCGGUCUAGACAUGGAAGAGAAGGCACGGUGGACCGAAGAACAUGUGCGGGAAUCCUUGGGCGAUAUGGCCGAGAAGCUGUCUUUGUUGAAGUUCCACCUAAACGGUACCUCGCCCGUGGAUGCACCGAAUCAAGACGCAGCGACCGUGGAUUUCAAGAUAUUCGCCCAAGGCCGAGACUAUGAAAUGUUCGACAUGGAGAAUCCCCACAGCUUCGGACGUAAGACCAUGGUUUGCAUACUUGAAAGCGCUCCGGGUGCCUCACUCAGCAAUGACCUCCGCCAGAUCGUUCCGAAACCAUUCCAAGAAUACUACGUGGCCUUGUUCCCGCAAUCUUCAAUCAACCACCGCGUCCACCUCUUAUACGAUGACAGUCGGAUCAUUGACAUCGAUGCGCCCAAGAACACCGUCACGCAUCCUCGUCAGCAAAAAUCCUACGAGACUAGCGACCCGAUAGAUCUUUCUCAAUUCGAGACCGUCCGGGCGCCGCUAGGUCACGUUGUCAUGGGCCGCAGUGGCGACAAAGCCACAGAUGCUAAUGUCGGCUUGUUCGUUCGUCACGAUGAUGAGUGGGAUUGGCUUCGUACUUUGUUGUCCACGGACAAGAUCAAGGAAAUGCUACGGGUAGAGUACAAGGGAAAACCCAUCGACCGGUUCGAGUUGCCUCAUUUGAAGUGCGUGCAUUUCUUGCUCCACGAUCAUUUGGAGCGUGGUUACUCCUCCACCUCGACUUACGACACCUUGGGAAAAAAUGUGGUCGAGUUUCUGCGCGCAACUACUGUGGAUGUCCCUAAGAAGUUUUUGGAUAGGGGCAAGAUCUAGUUAAAAUCUCUUUUGAAGUCCUCAUCAGAGAUGAGGUCAAUGGGCAGGAAUAUAUAUACAUGCUCACGCAUGUGAACUUCAAAGAAUCUCCAUACUUCCCCCCAUUUUGCGGCAGCCACCGCCGCGUCAUACAUCAUACAUCACCCACGAUUCAUCCAUUUUCCCCACAACCAGCAUAAUGAUCGGAAACGUCUUGAUGCAGAGCAGG